AGGCGGCACUGGAACAGAGCUGCUUAAUUUCUAUGUUCACUAUCAAAUUAGUAUCGCUGCGUACAGCACAUUUGAGAAACUCUGGGAUAUUACGCUCCAGCCAUGCGAUACACUAUAUAUACUUUCCUGUUGUGCAUCACGUAUUGGGUUGUACUGGUCAAGGGCGCAAGGAAAUUGGAUCAUGUGGAGCGUUACGAUGUAGUCCGACCUCAGAGACUGACUGGUCGGGUCAAAAGAAACAUUUUCUCAAACCAGGUUUAUCCUGACGAGUUACAAUAUGCAUUAACCAUUGAUGGAGAGAACCACACUAUUCAUCUGGAGAAAAAUAGGCAACUUAUUGGGAGGCAUUACGCUGAAACACACUAUUCAGAAGAUGGAAGGCGGGUGACAACAUUUCCAAAUUAUGAGGACCAUUGCUAUUAUCAUGGUCAUAUUCAAGGCAUUGAGGAUUCAUCCGUUAGUGUUGGAAUCUGUUCUGGCAUUAGUGGCUUUGUGAGGGCUGAGCAGAAAGUCUACCUGGUUGAACCUUUAGGAGACUCUGCCGAUGGGGAGCACGCUCUGUACAGACAGGAGCACCUCAGAGCCAACAAUACCAGCUGUGGUCACUCCAACGACAGCACGGUCUAUGACCAUGACCAGGGACCGGCCCCCAGACUCUUAGGCCUCUUCAAGUCCAAAGGCUGGAAAAGUAAACCCAUCUCUGGGCCUCAAAGAUUUGUGGAGAUGUAUCUGGUGGCUGACUAUGCAGAGUACAAACAAUUUGGAAGCAAAACCCGAGGUCGAAUGCUGGAAAUUGCCAAUCAUGUUGAUAAGUUGUAUCGGCCAUUGAACAUCCGGGUCAUGCUGGUGGGGUUGGAGAUAUGGACUACUAGGGAUCACAUUGACGUCACGAUCAGUCCUGAGAACACCCUGAAUGGGUUUCUCCAGUGGCGCCAAGACGACCUUCUGAAGAGGGCAAAACAUGACAAUGCCCAGUUUGUCACUGGUAAAGAUUUCUUGGGCGAUACUGUCGGACUGGCAAAUAAACUUGCCAUGUGCACUGGAAGUUCAGGUGCAGUCAACCAGGACCACAACAUAAACCCUAUUGGCGUUGCCUCAACCAUCGCUCAUGAGAUGGGCCACAACCUGGGCAUGUCCCAUGAUACCUCAGGCUGCACCUGUGGGACAUCGCUGUCCAACGACAACUGUGUCAUGGCAGGUCGGGUCAGGUCAGUGUACCCAGGGCUGUUUAGUGGCUGCAGUCAGGAGCAGCUGAGUGACUUCCUGGAGAGAGCCAAUCCCAGAUGUCUGCUGGACACGCCUGGCUCUGAUAGGCUGUAUGUGGGGGCUGCCUGUGGCAAUGCCUUCCUGGACCCGGGAGAAGAGUGUGACUGUGGAACUGUGGAGGAGUGUAAGAAUAGCUGCUGUGACCCCACUACCUGUCGCCUCACUGAGGGAUCCAGCUGUGCUCAUGGAGCAUGCUGUGAAAACUGCCAGCUGAAGCAAGCAGCCAGUUUGUGUCGAAGAGCUUCCAGUGACUGUGACUUGGCAGAGUACUGCACUGGAACAUCAGAGCUUUGCCCAGAAGAUACCUUUCAGAUGAAUGGGAAACCUUGUAGCUAUGGUCGGGGCUACUGUUACAAUGGGCAAUGUCCGACACUUCAGCAGCACUGCAAGAGACUGUGGGGACCAGCGGCACAAGUAGGCACGGAUUCCUGCUUUAAUCUAAACCUGGGUGGCAAUGAAGGAGCCCACUGCGGAAGGACCAAAAAUGGCUUUGUUCGCUGCACACCACAGAAUAUGAAAUGUGGAACACUAUUUUGCUUUGGAGGAGAUGAGUAUCCCAUCACUGGGCAGAAGGCCUUCUAUAAUAUGCAGGGAGGGGGGACAUGCAACAUAGCAGUGGACCAGGAUAAGAUAAGAUCUCUGGACAUGGUCCCAACAGGAACUAAAUGUGGUGUGAAUGAGGUUUGCUAUGAUCACAAAUGCCAAGAUGUCAAAGUCUAUGGUCAAACGGAGGACUGUUCAUCCAAAUGCCACAACAAUGGGGUGUGCAACAACAAGGGACAGUGCCACUGUGACCCAGACUGGGCUCCACCCUACUGUGACGUCAAGUAUUCAGACUUGCCUCAAGACCAGUUCGGGGUGGUAGCUGGCAUCUCAGCAGCGAUAGCUGUGUUGCUGCUGCUCACUUUCCUGGUUGCAGGACUGAUGUGCUGCAAGAAAAACAAGAGAGAAACCUACACCUCCAAAAAGAAAGUCCACUCUACCUCCGGCCAGUUGAACCCAAUGUUCCGGGAGAGGGGUGAGAAGGGCAAACCUCUGAGCAAGCCCCCCCAAAUUAGCCAACCCACCUUCAUGGAGUCAUCUGCAACACAAGCCUGCACCACUCUGUUUGUCACUGUGGUCCCUUCCAGGCCCCCUCCACAGCCACCAAAGAGCUUGCCUGCAGUGCAGCCACAGUCUCGCAUUGAAGCGACUAAACCUCUACCUCCAUCAAAGCCUUUGCCGACUCUGAGUAGCAAACCGAAAAUCAAGCCUGUUGUCCCAGUGCCACCAGUGAAGUCCAGUCCUUACCCAGUACCUCCAGUGAAGUCCAGUCCUUACCCAGUACCUCCAGUCAAGUCCAGUCCUUACCCAGUACCUCCAGUCAAGUCCAUUCCUUACCCAGUGCCUCCAGUCAAGUCCAGUCCUUACCCAGUGCCUCCAGUCAAGUCCAGUCCUUACCCAGUGCCUCCAGUCAAGUCCAGUCCUUACCCAGUGCCUCCAGUCAAGCCCACAGCACCAAAGGUACCCAGCAAAUACCCACAACAGACCUCAGGAGGAGCAAGCCACAAGAUUGCAUUGAAGCCUCCCCCCAUGCCACGUCGAUGAUGACUGCUGCAUGGAGCAGUAUGGUGACUCAUAGGAAGACAAGGCUUUGAGGAGGAGCCUAGUCCUUGUUUCAGGCUCUAGGAGGUCCUGGAGGACCCGAAUCUAAAGUCAACUGUGGAGAAUGUCUUUGAAGACUCAACAUCAACAUGGUGGUGUCUCAAAAUGUCCUCCUCAACCACUGUGGAAAAGUGGUUUGGAAAAUGCUGGAACAGAAUUGCUGGUGCAUUUCUCACGCAGUGUUUUUUUAUUAUAAUUUUUUUUUUUUUACAAUAUUGUAUAUAAAACAUUUAUUUUACAGUAGACCACUCCCUUUUAAAUAAACCUAGCAGUUGUACUUGUUUUUAUAGGCUGCUUCAAAAAAAAUAUGAGGGGGAGAACCUCAUGGUAUUGCACAUAUGAAUGUUCAUUUUAAGUUUGUCAUGUGCUCAAGCCAUUGUGUGUCUUUUUUUUAAACGAAAAUGUAUUUAUUACAUUGAUAUUAGUUCUUUUUUCAAAGAUAUUACUAAUGUUACAAGUGAGAGAUAGGCUUCCUGAAAUGAAAUACUGUACGUAUUAUACCUGCUUAUUGUGAUAUGUGCAAUAAUCCAGUCCAAUGCAUCCUUGUUCUUCAAAUGGCCUAGGAAAACUGUUGAUUGUAAUACAAAUAAAAAUGUGCCUAAACAAAUA